ACAUUUAGCAACACUGAAUUAUUAUUUAUCGAUAACAAACAGCAUGCUCUUUAUUUGUAAACAAUUUAAUAUUUAAGCAGCUGCGGAAAAUGCCCAUCGAGUGUAAAGCGAAAUGUGGCAACCGGGCCACUUUAAAACGUCCCAAAACUGGUGACGCACUCUGCAAAGAUUGCUUCUUUGCUGCAUUCGAAGCUGAAAUUCAUCACACCAUCAUAUCAAGCAAUCUAUUUCGUCGAGGAGAGAAGGUUGCUGUUGCUGCAAGCGGUGGCAAGGAUUCAACAGUGUUGGCACAUGUAUUAAAGCUGCUCAACGAAAGACACGAUUAUGGCCUCGACCUGGUGCUGCUCUCUAUUGACGAGGGAAUUACGGGAUAUCGUGACGACAGUUUAGAGACGGUCAAACAAAAUAGAGAUGAUUACAAAAUGCCCCUUAAGAUUCUUUCCUACGAGGAGCUUUAUGGCUGGACAAUGGAUCGCAUUGUGGCCCAAAUCGGACGAUCUAACAACUGUACGUUCUGUGGCGUAUUUCGUCGUCAAGCUUUGGAUCGUGGGGCAAAACUGUUGGCUGUCGACAGCAUUGCCACCGGCCACAAUGCCGACGACAUUGCGGAAACGGUGCUAAUGAAUAUUCUGCGCGGCGACACUGCACGAUUGCGUCGCUGCACGGACAUCAGAACUGGCGGUGGUGAGGAUUCAAUUUCACGCGUCAAGCCAUUGAAAUAUAGCUAUGAGAAGGAAAUCGUCAUGUACGCACACUAUAAGAAAUUGGUCUACUUUUCCACCGAAUGCGUUUUCGCACCAAAUGCGUAUCGCGGCCAUGCGCGUGCUUUCCUCAAAGAUCUGGAGAAGGUGCGCCCCUCGGUUAUUAUGGACAUAAUUUACUCGGGAGAACAGCUGCGCUUCAAAGAUACGGUUAAGAAGCCUGUGCGUGGCAUCUGCGAACGCUGCGGCUUUGUGUCGUCACAACAGCCGUGCAAAGCAUGUGUGCUGCUCGAGGGUCUGAAUCGCGGGUUACCCAAGCUGGGCAUUGGCAAGAAAUCAAAGGGUGACCGCAUGAUAGCUAAACAGAAUCAAGAACUUGCGCUCAGGGAGCGUGCAAAUCUAGUAAAAAACGAUUUUUGAUUUAAAAAA